CUUGCUUUCUCUCUCUCUCUCUCUCUUCCUCUUCCUUUUCUUCAUUCUCUCUCUACUCACUCUUCUUCCUAGGUAUUUCCCUCAUCGCUUCCCUCCUUCCUCUACGAGUCAAUGCAUCUCCUUCCAACUUAACCUUCUUCUCUCCUUUACUCUUUCUCUCUCUCUCUCUCUCUCUCUCUCUCUUUCUCCACUCCUCUCUAUUGGUCAGAUCAUCAUUGACCUCAUCCGUCAAGCGCCAGGUCUGGUCUUUAGACUUGGCAGGCCAAUCUCGAGUCUCCGUCCCUUUGCACCGCGACCUCACCUCUACUCUACCUUCUCAACUCGAUACAGUCCUUGCCUUCGAGUUCUCGCAACUAUGAGCUCUUCCGAGGACGAUACCCCACUUGUUGUUCGAAUGAAUGGUAGAUCCUCUGAUCUCAAUUCAAAUGCCAACAGCUGUGACGCGACGGGGUCUAACGGCCAUGUCGACCCUGGAGUUUCCAUCCGAUUCGGACCAGUGCAAAAAGAUAGUGAUGUCCACAUGAAAGAUGCAGAUGGUGUUAGCAAGAGAAAGGCGCGAUCCAGUGUUGGUCAUGCAAAGUCUUAUGCGGAGCCAGAGAGCAGCGAGGAGGACGAGCCCUUGAGCAAGCGACGACGCACUUCAGUGAAACACGAGGACCCAGAAACGGAUGAAGAUGUACCUUUGGCUCUCAAUGGAAGGAAGCUGCCUAAGGCUUCAGAGACCGCCAUCGGCGAAGAAUCCGAUUCCGAUGUUCCGAUUGAAAGAAAGCUGGUCGCUGAAAAGAAGCGGAUCCAGCUCAAGGCCGAAAAGGACACGAGAACUACCCGGAAACCUGAACCCUCAAAGCCUGCUAAAGCAACAUCAGCAACUAAGAAGCAGGCAAAUGGGGUCAAGAAAGAGCCUGCUUCGGCCAAACAGACGCUGAAGCAGGUCAAGGCCGAACCAAAAUCUGCUCAGUCUACCCUAGCGAAGAAGAAUGGCAAGGUUGCGCCGGUGAAGAAGGAAGAGAGUGAGGAAGCCGAAGAGGGCGACGAAGAGGAAGAAUAUAAGUGGUGGGAAGACCCAGCCAAGGGCGAUGGGACUAUUAAGUGGACUUCUCUCGAGCACAAUGGUGUGGUGUUCCCUCCGCCCUAUGAACCACUACCGAAGAAUGUCAAGAUGAAGUAUGACGGCGUCCCCGUUGUACUUCACCCUGAUGCGGAGGAGGUGGCAGGCUUCUUCGGUAGUAUGUUGAAUUCAACCCAAAAUGUCGAGAAUCCAACGUUCCAGAAGAACUUUUUCAUGGACUUCAAAGAUAUUCUCAAGAAAACCGGGGGCGCGAAAGAUCAGGGCGGAAACAAGGUUGAUAUCAAGGAGUUUUCUAAGUGUGAUUUCCAGCCAAUCUUUGCUUACUAUGACAUGAAGCGCAUAGAGAAGAGGGCACUGCCGCCCGCUGAGAAGAAGCGCCAGAAGGCUGAGAAGGAUGCCGAAGAAGCCCCUUAUAUGUUCUGCAUGUGGAAUGGUCGCAAGCAAAAAGUAGGCAAUUUCCGGGUUGAACCGCCAUCGUUAUUCCGUGGUCGUGGUGAACACCCCAAGACUGGCCGUGUCAAGUCAAGAGUUCAGCCAGAGCAGAUUACCAUCAACAUUGGCAAGGAAGCUCGCGUACCCCCUCCACCCGAGGGUCAUCGUUGGAAGGAAGUCAAGCAUGAUCAAGAAGGUACAUGGCUUGCCAUGUGGCAAGAAAACAUCAACGGCAACUACAAGUAUGUCAUGCUCGCCGCCAAUUCUGAUGUCAAAGGCCAAAGUGAUUUCAAAAAGUUUGAGAAGGCCCGCGAACUCAAGAAACACAUUGGUCGCAUUCGCAAAGACUACCAGAAGAACUUGAAACACGAACUGAUGGUGGAGCGACAAAAGGCCACCGCUGUCUAUCUCAUUGACCAGUUCGCGCUUCGUGCGGGUAAUGAAAAGGGAGAGGAUGAAGCCGAUACUGUUGGAUGCUGCUCUUUGAAAUAUGAGAAUAUUACUCUCAAGCCUCCCAACAAGGUAGUUUUCGAUUUCCUUGGUAAGGAUAGUAUUCGAUUUUAUGAUGAAGUUGAGGUCGACGCCCAAGUUUUCAAAAACCUCAAAAUUUUCAAGAAAGCACCCAAGAGGGAAGGCGACGAGAUUUUUGAUCGCCUGACUACCUCCGCCCUCAACAAGCACCUUUCCGCAUAUAUGCAGGGGUUGACCGCGAAAGUAUUUCGUACCUACAACGCUUCGUACACAAUGUCUACUUUACUCAAGGAAAUGAAUGCCACCGGAAACAAUGCAGAGAAGGUGAAGGCAUACAACGAUGCUAACCGAAAGGUUGCUAUCUUAUGUAAUCACAAGCGGACAGUCGCAGCAUCUCAUGCUGGACAGAUGGAGAAGAUGAGUGAGCGGAUUAAGGGACAGCGGUACCAGAAAUGGCGCCUCAAGCAAAUGAUGCUUGAUCUCGAUUCCAGCUUGAAGAAAAAGAAGGGUGUCAAGUUCUUCGAGUUAGAUGAAGACAUUGAUAAGGACUGGAUUAAAGAGCACCAGGCAUUCCUGGUCGAAGAACAACGUCAGAAGAUCACGAAGAAGUUUGAGAAGGAGAAUGAGAAGCUCGCUGCGGACGGCGAGAAGGAAAUGAAAGCUAGUGAGCUGGAGAGCCGACUGGAGGCUGCGAAGGACAUGGAGAAGAAAUUUCACAAAGAGAACAAGACGGGCAAAGUGGAGGCAGAAGGCCGAGGCCCCAGCGUGGAGAAGCUCGAAACUGCUCUAGUCAAGCUUCAGCAGCGCAUUGAUAAUAUGGAACUCCAAGCGCAAGACAAGGAGGACAACAAGGAGGUCGCUCUUGGUACCUCGAAAAUCAACUACAUCGACCCUCGACUCACUGUGGUCUUCAGCAAGAAAUUCGAUGUUCCAAUUGAAAAGUUCUUCGCCAAGGCCCUGCGCGAGAAGUUCGAGUGGGCUAUCAAGUCCGUUGACGAGAACUGGGAGUUCUAAAAGCUCGUUUGGCCAGGGUCACAACAACAUACCACAAAGACAUAUCACGAGUAAAG